CGGACACAUGGACAAAGCAUCUGACGGAGACAUGAGGACACACACAUACCAUCACAGGACAGGACCUCAGAUGAAGCAGCGGGUUCGGUCCUGGCGGGCUUUGUCCUCCAUGUUGGCUCCACCCCCGCCCAGCAGGUGGCGGUGUGAACCUGUAAAGUUGUUUCGCUAUGAAACAGAGAAGAGGAAGAGACGGAGCUGCAGCGUGUCAGCGACCCGCCACGGAGCAGUGAUGGGUGAGUCUCGGAUCAUCGUGGAGGAGCUGCUGGCCCUUUGUCUCCAGAGGAUCACCAUGGAGGAGGACGCCCUCAGUGCUGAACGAGAGUUUGUUGAAGUGGUGAGAAACUUCGAGGCGGUGAGGAAGCGGUGGAUGCAGGCCGAGCUGGAGCUGAAGAAGUACAAAGAGCUGCUGGUGAAGUCUGACGUGGCCAAAGCUGCUCUGGAGGUCAAACUGAAACACGCUCGGAACCAGCUGGACGUGGAGAUGAAGAAACGUUACAAGCUGGAAGCUGACUACCAAUACCUGCAGAGACAGAUGCAGCUCAUGUGUGACAUCCUGGUCCACGACAGUAAAUCCAGCGCCUGUCUGAACGAGGAGCAGAAAUCUCUUCUGGCCACGUUUGAACACAAAGGAGGAAACGUGACUCUGCACAGGAGCAGCAAGAGCAGGUUGUCUGUGAUCGACGAGUCUUCGUUCCUGUCGCACUCUGACAUCAGCUACGAUCGGACGGACGACGACGUGGAUCUGGACACGACUGUGAUUAAACCUCUGAGAUCUCGAGCCAGAGAAAAGAGGCGCUCAUCCAUGGGGCCGGCGGCCGGCGUUCAGGGGGGGAAGCGAGGCCGAAGCAGCGCUAACGUGUCUGCAGUAGAGAAGGAGGUGGAGACGGUAGUGAAGGCGUCCGUGACGACUCCUGAGACCGGAGGUCAGAUCCACAUGGUGCUGGGAAUCACACAGGAGACCCCUGAAAACCUGGUCCGGACCAUCACCCAGGAGUGUGCUGUCUCAGUGGGAGGAGGGGGAGGAGGGGGAGGAGGAGGGGGAGACCAAACCUCAGUGUGGUUUCCCUGCGACGAGCCUCCGACUGAGCCUGAAACCGAAGCUAAGCCUGAGCAGAGCUCCGCAGCCGGAGCGGCUCGUCCCCGCAGAGCCGAGAAAACCCAGAAACACCUUUUCCUUUCAAAAACGGUGAUCCGGCCUGAGACGUGCUCGCCGUGCGGUAAAAGGAUCCGCUUCGGGAAGAUGGCGGUGAAGUGCAGAAACUGCCGCGUGGUCGCUCAUCCAGAGUGCAAACUAAGGUUCCCGGACGGCUGCUCGGCUGCUUCGGCAGGAAGUUCAGCUCAGACGGACUCGUUGGAGGGUUUCGCUCCUGUGACUCGUCCCAGAAUUCCCCGUCUGAUCACAGACUGUGUGGCUGAGAUUGAACGAAGGGGUUUGGAGGAGAGGGGCCUGUACAGAGUCCCUGGGGGGGAGCGUGUGGUGAAGGAGCUCAGAGAUCGCUUCCUUCAGGGGAAAACUCCGCUGGUGCUCAGUAAAGUCCACGACGUCCACGUGCUGUGUGGACUGCUCAAAGACUUUCUGAGGAAGCUGAGGGAGCCUCUGAUCACGUUCCGGCUGCACAGGACCUUCAUGGAGGCUUCAGAGCUGCCUAAUGAGGACGGCAGCUCCGCCGUCAUCUGCCAGGCCAUCGCCGAGCUGCCGACGGCCAACAGAGACACUCUGGCUUUCCUCAUGCUGCACUUACACAAAGUGAUGCGCAGCCCCCGCUGUGAGAUGGACCGGAAUAAUCUGGCUCGGGUCUUUGGACCAACCAUCGUAGGACACGGGAUGUCUGAGCCGUCUCCGUCGACCAUCAUGAGAGACACAAACACGCAGCCGAAGGUUAUUUGUCGGCUGCUGUCCCUCCCUGAGGACUACUGGAGACGUGUCCUCGCUGUCCAGACGGACAGCGAGCAAAUCUCAGCCUCGUCCUCCACCAAUAAGACCUGCAGCCAGGACAAUGGACAUGGUCGGUUGUUUCAGCCUUUGACGUCUCCAGAGCUGAACAGUUACUACAAAACUCCCAGCAGAGGAUCCCUGAGAGGCAGGAUCAGGAACCUGGGACAUGCUUUCACCAGCAGCGGUCGAGUUGAACCAGGACUCCCAGCUCCCAGGAGGUUUUUCACAUCCCCCAGCUGAACCCCGCCCACCUGUACAACCCCCCCCGCCUGUACGACCCCCCCGCCCGCCUGUACGGCUGCAGGAAGUGGGC